UCGCCCGCUAAAAUACAGCGCUGAGAAAGUGGAGCUACGCCGAGCAGGACGUCCUAAGCGGCGGGUUUCGCUCCUCCUCAGCGCAGGCAAUCCCCCCACCAGGUGCUACGACAGUGGGCUCUUGACACACUAAAUCCCCAGGUUUUGCUGCGAUUUGCCUUUACACAAAACUCUUGCGCUCGCCUCCUCUUUUCUCUCUUGUUUUUGUUGCUCUUACUCUUGCCCACCCGUCUCGCCAUCUAUACCCCUUACUUGCAAUUUUCCGCGUCAAUUCAGCUUCUAAAGAUCAACGCCUUCGCACCAAUCGACUGCUUGACUCGAACUAGACUUGCACCGACAUCACCGCCGCUCGCCGAUACCACCCACCCACCUACCGUCGAAUCACGAGGCGCCCACAAACAAAAAACAGGAAUCCCUUGGCUUGAGAUCGUCUAACGCUUUCCCAACCACGCUUUUGUUUUAGCUGCCUGCUCUUGCUGCUUAGCCAUCUGCUUCUUGUUGGCCUUAUCUCGGAUCUGCUAUCGUGGCUCGUCGCCUGCAGCGUCAUCCCCGCUUUACCCAACUGCGAAGCUCUACUCAACGAAACCGACCGACACCGAGACAUCCGGAACUCUUGUGAUCUAGUCUGAAAUCAACAUCACACCGUAUAGGCCGCGCUCAGUAGCAUCCAUCAACACUCGGGAAUGAUCACACGUUUCGUCAAAACUGGGGGAGAUCUGCUAUUGUCGGGACAUUGAUUUGUUCGCCAUCAGGGCAAACACGCCGUCUCCUAGCGACAAAGAAUCGCUUUGCGAAUAACCAUCCAUCUUUUAGACACAUAUAGACAUUAUAAGCCAUACCCACAACCAUGGCCGCCGUACAACAACUGCUGGCGAGCCCAGCAGCGAGCCCAGCAGCAGCACCCGCCAACGGAUACAACGGACGACACGACAUAGACAUGGACGUCGACCGAAGCAGUGAAAGCCCGCUCAUGAGUGAUGCUGCCUUCUUCGGCGAUGCUCUGCAAAAGGGCGACCAACGCAUAGUCACCGUCAUCUACGGCACCGGGCAGGAGAGGAUUGUAUACGAGGUAGCCGAUGUCCUCGGCAAACCCUGCCGCAUGCGCCAAACCUUCUCCCAGGUAUCCGAACAAGAUCGCGAUGUUGUUAUAGGCCUCGCUGCUUCGGAAUCCAAGGCUGAUAUUGACCGACGGAACAAGAACCUCGUCGUGGCCAUCAACGCGCAUUGCGUCGAGCUCGGUAUGCCACCGGAUCUGCACCUCUCAGCGCAGUGCGACUACGAGUUCCUCUAUACCCAACAACCUUUCCUCCGACAAGACCUGUCGCGCUUUAUAUCAUUUGUUCUUGGUCAAAUAUGCCACCACACAGAGCUGAUGGCCAAGCCUCGGACCCUCUUCAUCUCAACAACUUUUCCCGACGUCCGAACAGCCCUCCCAAAUCUCGACAUCCUAACUGUGGGAUCCGAUGCCGUUGAACUUCGUGUAGAUUUGCUCCAGGAACCUAUUGGAGAUGGCAAGUUCUCCGAUAUACCCAGUUUAAAAUACGUCGGUGAACAGGUCAUGCUGCUCCGCCAGCGAACCGAGCUGCCCAUCAUCUUCACAACCAGAUGUACCAAAGAAAAUGGCCGUUUCCCCAUGGACAGACCCGAACUUUACUACCAGUAUCUCUACCGAGCCAUUCAAUGGGGCAUUGAGUAUAUCGAUGUUGAGCUCUGGCUGCCAGAAGAAAUCCGCCAUAAGCUCUGGGAGGAAAAGGGCAAUUCUCGCAUCAUGUCAGCCUUCCACGACUUCUCAGGGACCUUCAAGUGGCCAUCGCAGCACGCGCUUGAUGUAUUUGAGCGUUCCAUGAAGUACGCUGAUAUCAUCAAGAUGAUUGCCAUCAUUAACGAGCCCAACGAGAACUUCGAGCUUGAGUACUUUCGCUCAAAAGUAUGUGCUGAGUUCCCUGAUGCGCCGCCAUUCUCUGCCGUCAACAUGGGCGAAGUCGGCCAAUUCUCCCGAACUCUCAACAAGACAUUCACGCCCAUCACUCACCCGCUCCUCCCGAUCAUCGCUGCCCCCGGUCAACUCAGCGCUGCUGAAAUCAACAUUGCUCUCGCCCAGCUGGGCCAGAUCGCCAGGAAGAGCUACUAUGGCAUCAGCAACAGUGUCACAAGAAUGAAGGGCCACCGUGCCCCCUUCUAUGAAAAGUGCUUCAACGAGCUAGGUCUUCCUCAUCAGUUUGCCGUGAUUGAACGUCCGAGCAGCAACCCUGCCGGGCUCGAGGCCCUCUUUAACCAGCGCUUCUUUGGUGGUGCCUACUUGGACCCAGGGCUAUCCCAUAGCUCACUCACGAAGCAUAAUCGCUUCCUCGCCACGAUCAACAACGGCGAUGGUCCAGUGCUGACCGAGGCUGCUCGUGUAAUUGGCAUCGUCGACACUAUCGUCGUGAAGCCGGCCCCAGCUUCUGGUGCAGGUUCAAGACCGCCGUCUAUGCCAUCAAGCCCGCAGCAUAAGAUUGGCGAAGCACAAACUCUAGCGCCGCCUCCUCUUACUGGCCAAGGCCAAAGCCCAACUCUUGUGUUUGAUAAUGUGAGCUGGAAGGGAAUCCUCCGCACCUUGACACGCGAUCUUGCCCCCUCGGCAUACGCGGGCCGCUCUGCAGUCGUGGUCGCUUCCUCAUCUGAUGAUGCUGCGCCAGUCUUCUUCGCCAUGAAGGCGCUCAAAGUUGCCAAGAUCUUCACAGUGGGCUUCCGCACACCAUCCAACCUGGCCCGUAAUGCACCACCAAUCGAGCAGUUCAUCAGCAUGGAAAGCCUCCAGAAGGCCCGUUCCGUUACCGACGAGAGCGCGCCUUUUCUCAUUGUAUCCGCUCUCGGUCCCGACAAGAGCAACCUGGUUGGCAUGCUGCUGCGUGUCUUCAGCGGGCCUGGCCAGCAACAAACUGAUCCGCAGACACCAGCUCGCCGCCGAGUAUUCCUCGACCUCGCAAGUGGAGCUGACAGACAAGCCAGCGACCCCGGCGCUAUCGCGGAAAAGCACGGCUUCUCUGCGUAUGGCGCUGCAGAUGUUGCCGCGUUCAUAACGGUAGAGAGCAUGCGUCUCCUCGUCGGACAAAACGUGCCCUACAGCUUUGUUAGACUGGCCAGCGGGAACAGUCUAUACCAGUAAAUGCGAGGCUGAACAUUUCCUGGCAUGAUCUCGGACAAUAUUUCACAUCCAUAACUAAAUUUUCGCAUUGGUGCUUUUUGGAGAGGGGGUUGGUUUACAGGUAUAUGGCGUUCGUUUCCACAGUGGCGAUCUGUGAGCCUCAUGGCUUGGUGUCAUUUCUGGGCAUCGGAGGAACUAGGUAUGUUAGGAGAGGGUGCUGGGAAAGCUAUACGAAAAACGGCAAUGGAGAUGGUGCAUCUAUUGCGCCGCACGCCGCGGGCGCUUCUCAAGCAUGCAGGUGGCCCUGAUAGCUAUGGGGCAAAGCAGUUCUAGAAGAACAGGGAUCCAUUAUGAACCAAGGUUGGAGGAAAGCAACGACUUGGGGACGCCGGUGCAGGUUCUUGAGCGUUCAUUUUUGGGACCAGGGCUCGUUGCUUCAUGCCCUUUUGGAGUUUGCUGUUUUUUUCCUUUAUUUAGUCUCUUCUGCUCAAAGUACCAUUAUAGGAUAAUGCGGCAGUCACUUUUUGAUAUAACCGUUUCUGUGUUUCUUGCCGUUAACGUGUCACUGACGA